CCACGAAAGUAUGGGCACCCCUGUUGUAUCUUUCAUUCUGCCCUACCUGGUCUUGCCCUUUUCCUCAAACAGAGGAACGAAGGCAGCACAGUGGGAUUGGAACACAGCCUCAAUCAUGGCGGACAAUUUGGACGAUUUACUAGACGAAGUGGAAGCGAAGUUUUGCCGUAAUAUCUCAGUUUCUUCUCAGCGCAUUUGCAGUUUUAAAGCAGACCAAGUCAAGCACAGACAACAGAGGAAUAAAGACCCCGGGCAGAGCACUUCAGAUUUAUACGAAGCUGAAGAUAUUACCAAUCAUAUUGAGGCUGUGCUUCAGGAAAUACUUUGUGAUGAUGAUCAAGCUACAGGUUCACAUGUACCCGUUUCAUCAAAGCGAUAUAAGGAGUCCUGUCCUCAAACAACUUUAAAGAAGUGCUGUCCAGUUUAUUUAGGUGGAAGCUCAAUCAGAAUUGGUGUUGGAACAAGCAUUACACAAAGGGCUUGUGGCCAGCUAAGAUGCACGUCAUGUGACUUCUGUGUAGUCAUGUUUGAUGAUUAUGAGUGGGACCCCUCUUGUGAUUAUCUGUUUUUCAGAAACAACAUGCCAGACUAUAACAAGUUACGGGUAAAGCUAAAGAAAAGACAAGGUGCCCGGGCAUAUGCAUGCCAGUGCAGCUGGCACUCUGCCCUCACUCUCUCUGAACUGAGACAUUUACAGCAGCUUAAGUGGGUUUGUGGCCAACACAAAGUCUGAUGAUCUUUGGAUUGUUCUUACAUGUGGCAUCAAACAGUUCUGUUCAGAAAAAAGUACUGAUUUGUUCUACACUCCAGAGACAAUGUUGCACCUUUUAUAGGUGAUUUCAGAACAGACACAUCUUGUUUUUUAAGCUUUCUAGGUUUCACAGCAGUUAAAAGUGAUCCGAAUUCUUGUUUCCCUCAUGUCUGACACAGUAGAUUCUUAAUGGCAAUGCAGUAGUACUUGUAUUUGCAAUAUUAUUUCGGGUCAGAUUAAUAUGUACUACUACAAGCCGAUGCGUAUCUGAUGUGGCAAAGUAAAAGUCAUGCAAUUUUUUUGUCAAACCAACUACAUAUUUUUCACCAGCAGAAACCAAGGCCAAAAUGUGUUUAGGGAAUUACUUAAUGCAUUUAUUUGCAUUUUAUUAAUUAGCCUGUACUUUUUUUAUAGCUUCAGACAGAAGAAAACAUUACUAGAGAGCUGCGUUCUGUUUCUUUCUUACUGUGUGUGUGUGUGUGUGUGUUUGUUUCAAUCAAUCACAGGGCAAUAUCAUGAACUGUGACAAAAAUUGACUUUAUGAUCUUUUUAACACCAAAUACAGGUCUGUAGUCAUUCAAAACUUGCUAAAACAUGAAUGACAAUGUCAUCGUCAUGAGUUUUGAGGCUGUACCACAAGAAUAAAGCCCCCACUCCAGUUGUCCCUAAUAAAAUUACAUGUUUUGUUGAUUGUUUAGAAGAAAGUAAAGUAAUAUACCCUUUUCUCUUAUCUCUUAAUCUGUUACAGGGAAUAAACAUUUGCACAUUUGAA